UGAUCUGUUUACUCUAACUACUUCUGCAUCCACAUAAAAUAUCAGAUGGAGUAGAAAUGGAGCGCAAAUUAGUAGGACACUUAGAUCACUGUAAGUAAUGAUGAUGAAUAGACUUAGUUUUGAAUCUCUUUCUUCUGUUUCGUCGGUGAAAGAACCUCCGGCGGACAAUGUUGAUCACGACAAGGUAAGUAUUGUAAUUUCUUCUAAUUCACCAUCGGCAAUAGCACCAACAACAGAGAAUAGUCAGAUCAAUGUUAGCAGAAGUUGUUCAUCAUCUCUUGUCAACCAAGUUAUCAAGGAAGAGGAACAAGAAGGGGAAGAACAGGAAGGAGGAAUCAACAAAAGAAAGAUGAUGAAGAAAAGAGAGACAAGUCCUGAUAUACUGUUAAACGAUGAUGGUUAUGAUCCCAAUAUAAAAAAAGCCGGUGGAUGGAAAACCAUGCCUUACAUCAUUGGGAAUGAAACAUUUGAGAAAUUAGCAUCAAUGAGUUUGACAGCGAACAUGACAGUGUAUUUAAGAACACAAUAUAACAUGGACGGUUUAACGUCCGUUAGCAUUGCCAGCAUUUGGGGAGGUACUUGUAAUAUUACAACACUCUUGGGCGCAUUCGUAUCUGAUGCCUAUUUAGGACGUUAUUGGACUUUACUGACUGCUUCUAUCAUUUAUUUCCUGGGUAUGGGGAUGAUGACUUUAACUGCAGCUAUACCAUAUUUAAGACCACCUAGCUGCAAUAAGCUUACCGCCAUAUGCCAGGAACCAGAAAAAUGGCAACUUGGAGUUUUGUUCAUCGCUUUAAUACUACUCUCAUUGGGUGCUGGCGGCAUUAGACCAGUCAACAUCGCGUUUGGUGUUGAUCAAUUCGAUGUGACUACAGAAAAAGGGAAAAAGCAAGUCGAAAGUUUCUACAAUUGGUAUUAUUGGGGAUUCACUAUAGCUUUAAUUGUUGCCUUGACCGUUGUUGUUUAUAUUCAAAACAACAUUAGUUGGGCCUUGGGGCUUGCUAUCCCAACUGCUAUCAUUCUGCUCUCUAUCGUUGUAUUUUUGAUUGGCAGCAAGCUUUACAUCUGCGUGAAACCAAGAGGAAGUGUUUUUAUUGAUGUAGCUAAGGUGAUCUCGGCUGCAUUACGUAAAAGAAAAAUCAAGCUUAAACCGACUACUGAGCACACCCUUUUCGACAAUCCAUCAAGAGAUCCUACGGUAGAGAAUCUUUGUCUCACCAAUCGGUUUAGUUGCUUGACUAAAGCUGCAGUUAUUACUGAGCAAGAUUCGUUUAACGAUCAAGGAUUGCCAACAAAUGGAUGGAGACUUUGCAGUAUUCAGCAAGUUGAGCAGUUUAAGUGUAUCAUAAGCGUUAUGCCAGUUUGGGUGUCUGGAAUUGCUUGUUUCGUCUGUAUGGAUCAACAAAGUACUCAAGGAGUGCUUCAAGCAAUUCAAUCAGAUACAAGAUUUAUACACAACUUUCAUGUCCCACCAGGUUCAAUGGGUAUUGCAGGUAUGAUCACAUUAUCGAUAUGGAUACCUAUUUAUGAGCACUUAGUCUUACCAUUGUCAAGAAGAAUGAGCAAAGAUGGAGUAGGGAUAACCUUAAAACAUAGACUGGGAGCAGGAAUUGUGAUGUCAAUCAUUUGCAUGGUAGUUGCCGGAAUUGUGGAAGGAAGAAGAAGAGAGAGCGCCCUAAAGAACCACACAUUCAUUGCACCAAUGUCAUUCGCCUGGCUUAUACCGCAAUACGCAUUAUCAGGUAUGACAGAAGUGUUUACGGGUGUCGGAAUUAUGGAAUUCUUGGCGAAACAGUUUCCGCCAAGUAUGAGAACUUUGGCUGGUUCUUUAUUCUUUCUUAGUUUAGCUUGUGCAAGUUACGUGAGUUCGUUUCUCAUAAAUCUGAUUCACAGAUUAAGUCAAUCUGCAUCAGGUGAUAAGGAUGGAAGUAAUCCUGGAUGGUUAGGUGGUACUGACCUGAAUAAGAAUAAGUUAGACUACUACUACUUUAUUGUUGCAGGAAUUUGUGUAUUAAAUUUGUUGUAUUACAUAUUUUUUGCUAGUCGUUAUGUUGAUACAAGUAAGAAGGAUGAAGAAGGAGAGAGAGACGUAGAAUUGAAUUCCUAGGUAGUUUCAUUAGCUUGU